UCAUCUCAGCCUGGCCUUCUCUUUGCUGGUGGCAAAUCCCAUAAAACUAUGCUAGGUGUGUGUGUGUGCCAAUGCUUAGAGCCUCUUUCUAUUAUCUAAUUCUGCUUUUUGUGUCCUCCAACAGGUUCUCCAAUGCCACUCAUGAGAGUUUCAAUGUCACCCUCCACACCACCCUGGGUAUCACAACGAAACUGGUGCUGCCGACCCCUGCCAAGCCCAUCCUUCCAGUGCAGACUGGGGAGCAGGCUCAGCAGGAGGAGCAGUCGAGUGGCAUGACCAUCUUCUUCAGCCUCCUUGUCCUGGCCAUCUGCAUCACCCUGGUGCACUUGCUGAUCCGGUACAGGCUGCACUUCCUGCCUGAGAGCGUCGCCGUUGUUUCUCUAGGUAUUCUCAUGGGAGCUGUCAUAAAAAUUAUAGAGUUUAAAAAGCUGGCAAAUUGGAAGGAGGAAGAAAUGUUCCGGCCAAACAUGUUUUUUCUCCUUCUGCUUCCACCUAUCAUCUUUGAGUCUGGGUACUCCUUACACAAGGGUAACUUCUUUCAAAAUAUUGGUUCCAUCACCCUCUUUGCUGUUUUUGGUACGGCGAUCUCUGCUUUUGUAGUAGGUGGAGGAAUUUAUUUUCUGGGUCAGGCUGAUGUAAUCUCUAAACUCAACAUGACAGACAGCUUUGCAUUUGGCUCCCUGAUAUCUGCUGUGGACCCAGUGGCCACCAUUGCGAUUUUCAAUGCACUGCAUGUGGACCCUGUGCUCAACAUGCUGGUGUUCGGAGAAAGCAUUCUCAACGACGCAGUCUCCAUUGUUCUAACCAACACAGCUGAAGGUUUAACAAGAAAAAAUAUGUCAGAUGUCAGUGGGUGGCAAACGUUUUUACAAGCCCUCGGCUACUUCCUCAAAAUGUUCUUUGGCUCUGCGGCCCUUGGCACUCUCACUGGCUUAAUUUCUGCAUUAGUGCUGAAGCACAUUGACCUGAGGAAAACACCCUCCCUGGAGUUCGGCAUGAUGAUCAUCUUUGCCUACCUGCCCUACGGCCUGGCAGAGGGGAUCUCACUGUCAGGCAUCAUGGCCAUCCUGUUCUCGGGCAUCGUGAUGUCGCACUACACCCACCACAACCUCUCCCCGGUCACCCAGAUCCUCAUGCAGCAGACCCUCCGCACCGUGGCCUUCCUGUGCGAAACAUGUGUGUUUGCAUUUCUUGGCCUGUCCAUUUUUAGUUUUCCUCACAAGUUUGAAAUUUCCUUUGUCAUCUGGUGCAUAGUGCUUGUCCUGUUUGGCAGAGCGGUCAACAUUUUCCCUCUCUCCUACCUGCUGAAUUUCUUCCGCGACCAUAAAAUCACCCCGAAGAUGAUGUUCAUCAUGUGGUUCAGCGGCCUGCGGGGGGCCAUCCCCUACGCCCUGAGCCUGCACCUGGACCUGGAGCCCAUGGAGAAGCGGCAGCUCAUCGGCACCACCACCAUCAUCAUCGUGCUCUUCACCAUCCUGCUGCUGGGCGGCAGCACCAUGCCGCUCAUCCGCCUCAUGGACAUUGAGGACGCCCGGGCUCGCCGCCGGAGCAAGAAGGAUGUCAACCUCAGCAAGACCGAGAAGAUGGGCAACACGGUGGAGUCCGAGCACCUCUCGGAGCUCACGGAGGAGGAGUACGAAGCGCACUACAUCAGGCGGCAGGACCUCAAGGGCUUCAUGUGGCUGGACGCCAAGUACCUGAACCCCUUCUUCACGCGGCGGCUGACCCAGGAGGACCUGCACCGCGGGCGCAUCCAGAUGAAGAGCCUCACCAACAAGUGGUACGAGGAGGUGCGCCAGGGCCCCUCGGGCUCGGAGGACGACGACGAGCAGGAGCUGUUCUGACGGCCCGAGGGCGAGGCCUCCGGGGUGCGGGCCUGCCUCCCGCAGCUUCUCUGGGAUGGAAGGCAGGGGAGCGGAAGGUGGCUGCAGCCCUUGUGGAAGGUUCCAGGCCUUUGGAGGUAGCCGGUUCAGAAAUGCCUGUCAGCUCCACACUCCUCGCCGAGGCGGCCCACUAAGUGGCUGACCACAGCCCCAGGUAAAUGUCCCCCCACUUCUGCCUGCUGGGGGCAAGCCCGGGAGUGCCAGGCCACCCCAUCCUGAGCUGCAGGCAUGGCCGCCACUCUGACCCAGCGGCAGGACCCAGAGACCGUGGCAACAUCACGCGCCCUCAGCGGUAUCCCCGCUCCCCCCACUCCCGACGGGCCUCGCUCCACCCAGAGUCCGCCUCCCCCCAGCUGCAGGGACGCCAGUGUGGGGUGCCGGCGCCCCCUGGUGGGCGAGGUGAGCAGUACGGGGUCCUGCACUGUGCCCGCGUGAGUCACGGCUCCCUGUCCCCAGUGCCUCUGCCCUUCCUCACGGGCCAGCCGGAGGCCCCGGUCCAGGCUGCGGUGUCGCCUGCUGCUCUCCUGCCCGCCCCGUCCCCCUUCAGGACUCCGUCCCCGUCUCCCUCUUCCAUUCCUGCCGUCUUGGGUCCCGUCAGCCCUCCAAGCCGGGUCGCAGCCCCUCAAGACGCCGGGCAGGAGCAGAGCAGGGAUUCCACACCUGGGACACACGUGGACGUGGCCUUGAGUCACACCCACGCACGCACGCGUAGAGGUGGUGACUGCGUCUGGCAGGGGCGGUUGUGGCUGGGCCGGGGGCCCGCACCAUGGAGCGCCCACCCGAGUCUCCAGGGCCCCAGUUGCCCACCCAGCCCUGUGCGCGGGGAAGGCUGGUGAACGGGGAGUUAGUCGUCCACCCGUGUCCCCAGCCCAGCGGCCGGAUGCGGCCUCCUGAGCGCUGGGGGCCGUGUUCCCGCGGGCCCCACGCUGGCGGGGUCCCGGGCCUGGAGCUGCCCUCGGUGCCAUGCGACGGUGCCGCGCGCACCUGGACCUGCCACAGACGAAGACCUUCAGGCGGGAAGCCAGCCGCUCCUCCCGGUGCUGGGCGCCCGCCGCGAGCGCCCCCGCGCUGCUGGACAGCACCCAGCGGGCCACGCCCGGCGUCUGAAGCACGAGGCUCCUCCUGGGCUCUUGACGGUUCCGGGGCGGGACAUAGCUCGGUGCCAGGGGCAGACGGGCACCCCUCUCCCUGGCUCCGCCGCUCUGGGUCACCGUGCUGCGUCCCCCUGCGCAGCCGGCCUGGCCUGGGCGGAGGUGGCAGUGGGGGCUCAAAGAGGCCACCACGGUGUGCAUGAGGGGGAAGCACCGAUGGGGUGUCCCCUGCACGCCCCCCCCAGUCCACCUCCUCCUAGUCUUCUGUUCUCUACCCACCUCCCCUGUGAUUUGUGCAGCCCUGGGGGCCUGCGCCCCCUGCAGGCCAGGAGAGGCCUCAGGCCUCCUCUCCAGCCCCCCUGGCUGCCCCGCGGGAGGGGGGGGGGGCCGGCCUCCUCCUGCCCCUGCUUGUCUUGUCGUCUUUAAGCAUUUAGAAGUGGUUGGAGAAGUCAAAUCACUGGCUAUUUAUUUAGAAUAAAGAUGCUGCUCCAUCAGA